AUGGACAAGAUCAAGUCGAAACUAACCAACCCGAUCAAAGACUGGCGACGCAGAAGCUCUGUUGAUGUUGGCGAACACGAGGGCUAUGAUAACACACCGCUCCCGAGAUUGACAUGGAAGGGGUUCUGGAUGGGCAUGUUGGUAUCGAUGGGUGGAUUUGUCUUUGGUUAUGAUACCGGUCAAAUCUCUGGAUUUCUUAGCAUGGUGGACUUCCUCAGACGCUUCGGCCAGAGACAUGAUGAUGGCACGCCAUACUUUUCUAAUGUACGCUCCGGAUUGAUAGUCGGCUUGUUGUCUAUCGGUACGUUGUUCGGCGCAUUGAUUGCAGCGCCGAUUGCGGACUGGAUUGGAAGAAAGAUGAGUAUCAUCUGGUGGUGUGGCAUCUUCUCCGUUGGUAUCAUUGUACAGAUCGCAGCAACAGAUGAGUGGUACCAGGUUAUGAUGGGCCGAUUUGUUGCUGGUCUUGGCGUUGGUGCGCUGAGUUUACUCGUGCCUAUGUACCAAGCGGAGACUGCACCUCGACACAUUCGCGGUGCGCUGAUUUCUACUUACCAACUAUUCAUCACAUUCGGUAUUUUCCUCGCCGCGGUAUUCAACUACGCUGCCGAGCGCCAUCAGUCCGGUAAGGCGGCCUCGUGGCAAAUUACUCUCGGUCUGUCCUUCGUACCCGCCGCUAUCCUCGCCGUUGGUAUACUAGCCUUUUCAGAGACACCUCGAUUCAACUACCGAAAUGGUAAGAUCGAUGAGGCUACUGCGACCAUGUCGCGGGUAUACGGCGUGCCAACCAAUCAUCAUAGCAUCCAGCUAGAGCUCGAGGAGAUGAGGCUCAAGCUUGAAGCCGAAAGCAAGAUUACCAACGGGCCGAUCCAGGAAUGGCUGGGUAUGUGGAUGGCGCCGAAGAUGGCGUACAGGUUGGCGAUUGGCAUGGGACUGCAAAUGUUUCAACAGUUGACAGGUGCAAAUUACUUCUUCUACUACGGCACUGUCGUCUUCGCUGGCACCGGUAUCAAGAACUCGUUCGUUACGCAGAUGAUCUUGAACGGCAUCAAUUUUGGUGUAACCUUCUAUGGCUUAUACAUUGUCGAACACUACGGUCGACGCAAAUCACUCAUCGCCGGCUCAGUCUGGAUGUUCAUCUGCUUCCUCAUCUUUGCGUCCGUCGGCCACUUCGCGCUCGAUCGCGAUAACCCGGAGAACACUGAGAGUGCCGCCACAGCUAUGAUUUGCUUUGCCUGUUUCUUCAUCUUUGGUUUCGCAACAACAUGGGGUCCAAUGAUUUGGACAAUCUGCGGAGAACUAUAUCCCAGCCGCUACCGCGCAAAAGCAAUGGCUCUAUCGACGGCAUCGAACUGGCUCUGGAACUUCCUCCUCGCCUUCUUCACACCUUUCAUCACCGGCGCCAUCGACUUCCGCUACGGCUACGUGUUUGCCGGAACUAACGUCCUCGGCGGCCUCAUCGUGUACUUCUUCGUCAUCGAAGGCCAGGGUCGCACGCUCGAGGAAAUCGACACCAUGUACUUGAUGGGCGUGAAGCCGUGGGAGAGCGCGAGAUGGGUCGUUCCCAGCCUCGACGAAAUGAGUGGGGACGUGAGACAGAAGCUUGAGGCGGCGAACCCGGAGCUGGCGCUUCAGAAAGAGACUAAUGGGGGUGUGCAUGCUGAGGAUGGUGGAGCGAGGGGUGAAGAGGAUGAGGCGAUUCGUAGGAGCGUUAUGAGGGAUGGGAAUGAUGAGGGACUAAGGGAAAAGUCUGAGGCCGAUGUGUGA